CGGAAACAAAGUGUAUUCGGUUGAAUUUCGAACAACUUGAGUUUUUUCUGUACAAACAUUAAAUAUGUGCACACAUCUGCAAUUUUUCAGAUUUCAGUUGUUCGGUAGUUCAGUUGUGUUUAAAUAAAAAAAUAAAACAGUUAGUCCUAAGAAAAAUGAACUUUUUGAAGCUAGUAAGCAAGUACGACAUCAACCAAUCAAUCAGCCACAUGUCACUUCGACGAGUCACAAAAAAUAAGUGCGCUUUGCGCUCGUUAUUCUGGUUUAAGGAAAGCAGAUCAAAUAGCACAACUUCCUCAACUCUGAAUCAUGCUUGUUGGAAUCAAGCCAUCAGCAGGGCCGAACAAAUUUGUGGCUACCAAAGGUCGAUGUUCCAAGUUGAUGGCAUACCCUCGACGAUCGAUACGAAGGAUACUUUGACUCUUCCAACUAAUAUUCUUAAGCUGCUAAGCAAAUUGGAAGGAAGUGGGCACCCUCUGGUACGAACUAUCUCUGAUAAACUAAUCAAACACACCGUUAUCCAAGAUUGGGAACUCUUGGUUUUUCUGGUGUCCAAAAGCUUCGGGCAAUCGUCUUCGAUUAAGAAUUCGAGCAACGUUCUCGAGUCACAACGUAUCAUUGCAAAAGUAGCAGUUAAAAUGUUCUUCCAAUAUCAUUUGCAUCAGGCCGUUGUGAACUUACAGCCACUAAACAAUGCCGGAAAUGAUCUCGAGGCCGACAAUGCACUCGUAGUCGGUAACAAAGUCGCUAUUUUGGCUGGAGACUUAAUGCUGGCACAAGCUUUCCAAAAUUUAUCGGACUUGAAAAAUCCGGAAAUUCAAGAACUGAUUGCGUUAGCAUGCCGAGAUAUGACUGAGUCUCAUUUCAUAGGCAGGAGAGAUGAAGCAAACAAUCCUCUUCCUCUAAAUCCUGUUAAGAAGAACUCUACAAAGAAGGAUUUCUAUUCUGAUUUAGCAGGGAACCCCGAGAAAGAGUGGACUCUCCACCAUACUCUGGCUACUGGAAGUUUGCUGGGAAAAUGCUUUCAGGGAGCUCUCAUAUUAGCUGAGCAUCCGAAGAUGAUACAGAACCAGGGAAAUCUAUUGGGAUGGCACCUGGCUUUGGCUUGGAAAGCAGCCGAUGACAUAGCUUCGAUCUUAAAUUUUACUAAAAGUGAAGAUUCGAAAUUCGACUUAAUUGCCGCGCCGUUUUUGUUUCAUCUGCAACAUGAACCAAAUUUAUAUAAAGAAAUAGAAGAAGGACAAGCAAUCGAUUAUGUCAAGCUGCACAAGCAAGUCAGCAAAGGGCCAGGUCUGAAGCAAACACGUCAAUUGCAGAAAAAACACCGGCUGGCAGCACUGGCGAUUGUAGCUGAGUUGCAACCAAGCGAUGCUCGAGAGGUAUUGCAAGACUUGGUGAUGGCUACCCAGAACCUCUCCAAGGUUAGUGAGUGAUUGAACUGUGGAGGACGGUAUUUUUCGUCAGGAUGGUUGAGCUGUAUGGAUCAAGUUAGGUUAGUCUAGAAAUAAGAAACGAAAAAGAAA